GGUAAUUAGAGAGGUAGGCAGCAAUAUAUAAAUAGAGGUUGUCAUCAACAAUAGUAACAUAACAUAUCAUCAAAACUUGAUAUCAAAGAGAAUCAUUUUAGUUUCAAACUGAGAGGAGAAGAAAAAAAAUGUUGGCCAUUUCUCCUCAAAUGUGUUCAUAUGGGUGGGUUAUGGAUGAUCCCAUGAUGAGCCAUCAACAAGAGAAUUUGAGCUAUUUUUCUAGAGAGAGAACAGAGACGACCUCAGGUUCCAUUGAUCCCCACUCCCCCUCCUCCAAAAUCCCACUCGAUUUUGGUAGCAAUUUCAACGACGAUUUCUUGAAUGGAGAUGGAAAUAAGAAGGUGAAGAAACUCAACCACAAUGCAAGCGAGCGUGAUCGCCGCAAGAAAAUGAACACUCUGUAUGCCAACCUUCGCUCUCUCCUCCCUCCUGAGGAUCACUCCAAAAAGCUGAGCAUUCCAGCCACCAUCUCGAGAGUGCUGAAAUACAUACCUGAACUGCAGAGAGAAGUGGAGAGACUGAUGCAGCAGAAGGAGAGAUUCAUCUCCAAGAUUUCAAUGGCGGCCGAAAACUCAUCUCUUGAAUUCAAGAAUCACACAGAGAAACCAACUCAACGAAGCUCGAAUUCAGCAGCUUCUGCAACUAGAAUCAACGACGGCCAAGUCGUUAUUCAGAUCUCCAUGCCCAAAUCAGAAAAGGGUUCCAUUUCUGAAGCAAUCUCGAGAUUGGAGGAAGAAGGUUUUCUCAUGGUGAAUGCUUCUUGUUUCGAAUCAUUUGAAGGGAGGCUUUUCUACAAUCUGCAUUUUCAGGCACAAGAAGGUCAAGUGAUAGAUGCUGAGAAGUUGAAGGAGAAAGUUUGGCCUUUGAUGUAGAACGAUAUCUCGUAAUUCAAUCUCGUGUUUUAUUUCAUUCGUGCAAACUAGUAUAAAGUAUAACGUCAUGUUGUAUUGUAGUAGACAUUAAUGGAAUAGAACAAGAGGUGAAAAGUGGUGAAGAAGAAGAUGUUUUUUCUUUUUUUUGAGAUAGUGAAGACGAAGAUGUUGUAUACUAACAUUCCUCAUGUUGUGGAAUCCCACUGUUUAGAAUUGGAGAUUUUCAUAGCUACA